CGCAUUGUGAUCGGAGAUGCCUCGGAGACGGCCCUACUGAAAUUCUCUGAAAUCACCCUCGGCAACGUCAUGGAGUAUCGGGAGCGCUACAACAAAGUCUGUGAGAUUCCCUUCAACUCCACCAACAAAUUCCAGCUGUCUGUCCAUGAGCUUGACGAUCCCAGAGACCAGCGCCACCUGCUGGUGAUGAAAGGCGCUCCUGAGAGGAUCCUGGAACGCUGCUCCACCAUCAUGAUUAAAGGCCAGGAGUUGGCCCUUGACGAGCAAUGGAGGGAAGCUUUCCAAACAGCUUAUAUGGACCUCGGUGGGCUGGGCGAGCGUGUGCUGGGUUUCUGCCACCUCUACCUUCCUCAGAAUGAGUUCCCCCGUGGCUACCACUUUGACAGUGAUGAAAUGAACUUCCCCACCAGCGGGCUAUGCUUUGCAGGCCUUAUCUCUAUGAUUGACCCACCCAGAGCCACUGUGCCCGACGCCGUCAUGAAAUGUCGCACUGCAGGUAUCCGGGUGAUCAUGGUAACAGGAGACCAUCCAAUCACCGCCAAAGCCAUUGCUGCCAGUGUUGGCAUCAUCUCAGAGGGCAGCGAAACUGUUGAAGAUAUCGCCACGCGCCUCCGCAUCCCCGUCGAGCAGGUCAACAAGCGGGAUGCCCGGGCAUGUGUGGUCAAUGGAGGCCAGUUGAAAGAUAUGGAAAGUGAAGAGUUGGUUGAGAUCCUAAAGAUGCAUCCGGAGAUGGUCUUUGCUCGUACUUCUCCACAACAGAAGCUCAUCAUUGUAGAAAGCUGUCAGAAACUG